UGAUCCCAGGUCUUGAGAAAAUGGCAUCUCCUCAAAUACCGCCAGGUGACGAAGAACAAUCUUCCGCAGACUUCGACGAUCUCCAGUAUUCACUGCAAGUGGAGCAGGAGAACACGCAAAAGAGGACCUUCACGAGUUGGAUCAACUCGCAGUUGGAAAAGCAUUCACCACCUUCCUUUGUCUCGGACUUGUAUACGGACAUCAGGGAGGGACAUGUGCUUUUGGAUCUGUUGGAGGUCCUCUCAGGACAACAAAUGUCACGUGAGAAAGGAUCUAACACUUUCCAGUGCAGAAGCAACAUUGAAAAUGCGUUGACGUUCCUAAAGAACAGAUCGAUCAAGCUGAUCAACAUCCAUGUUGCUGAUAUCAUUGAAGGGAAACCGUCCAUUGUGCUCGGCUUGAUUUGGACAAUCAUAUUGCAUUUUCACAUUGAAGAGCUGGCCCGGACUCUUGCUUGUGGCUACAGUCAUCCUUCCCCGGACAGUACGAGUGCCGUGGACUCAUCGCCGACAGCAAGCCCACCGGCAAAACGAAAUGCAAAAGCGAAGGAACGGUGGAAGAUGUCUGCAAAGAAGGCUCUUCUGUUGUGGGCCAAGGAGCAAUGUGCAACGCAUGGCUCCAUCAGCGUUGCAGACUUCAAAUCCAGUUGGAGGAAUGGGUUGGCAUUCUUGGCCAUCAUUCACGCCUUGAGGCCGGACUUGGUCGACGUGGAGAGAGCGAAAGAUAGACCCAACAAAGAGAACCUAGAGGAGGCCUUCAGAAUUGCAGAGACAGAACUCAAUAUACCCCGGCUGCUUGAGCCUGACGAUGUUGAUGUCGUCAGUCCAGAUGAGAAAUCCAUCAUGACAUACGUGGCUCAGUUUCUGCAAUAUUUCAAAAGUCUACCUGUGGCUGAAGAUGAGAUGCAGGGGAAAGUCAACCAGACCUUGAGUUGGCUGAACACUCAAGAAAAGAAGUUAGCAAGGUUGAUGUCGGAGACAGAAACGAUGACCUUCUACGAGAAGUUCCAAGAGAUGUUAUCAUUUAUGGAAUCGUUUAACGCGGAGAAAAAGACUUUUCAGUCCUUCCUGACAUCUAAAAGAAAAGCAUCAGAGCCGAGUGGAGAUUAUCUAAAGAUGAAAGAUGCAUGGGACAGCCUAACCUCUCAGAUGAAUGAAUGGAAAGCAAAGCUGGACGGUUUAUUGCCUCCACCUUUAGAUGCAAUUGAGCUUUGGCUGCAAGAGGUAGAACGCCAGUUGGCGGAAGAUCUACCAGAUUCUCAAGACCACUGUGAAGCCAUGGCUGCCCUAGAAGGAAAAAUGAGGUCCACCCAGAGCCUGAUGGACCAUUUCAAAGGACACUUGGAGAUGCUGCAGUCCUUUCAGAAUGGAGAUGAGGCAGGCAUGCCGCUGGUGCCGCCGCAGAAACUGGAAGAGAUGAGAAGAAGGUUCAGCAGCAUCCAGCUUGCAGAUUUCAGCAAUCUUGUGGAGUACCACCAAUUGUUCUGCACGGCUAUCUUGAAGGAACUGGUAUCUAAGCUUAACAUCUGGCACAUCAAGCAUGGGACCAAGGAGAGUGUGGAGUCGCUGUUGUCAGAUUGGAAUGGUUUUAUUGAAGAAAAAGGAUUUCUUAGUCAGCUGGAAACCACAUUUCGAGUAUGCAAAGAGAGCCAGAACAGGAUCAUGACCACUUCUAAUCUGGGAGCUGAUCCCGAGGAUGCAAGUAAAUUAUUUAAGACGGUAGAAUCUCAGGUUUCCAGAUGCAACGAGUACAUUGACAACGUGAACGCGACCUUGCGGAAGAUUUUGUCGUCCUGGGACACCUAUACGGAGAACAUCCGCUUGCUGCAGGCUUGGCUGGAUGACACACGGAAAGAGCACCCUCCGAAUGUUCCCACAGAAGUAUUGGCUGCCUGGAACUCCCGGCACGGAUCUGUCAAUGAAGCAGGGAACUUUUUGAUCGAAUCCUGCAACGAGGAAGUGGGUUCAGCCGUUUCCAGUGAGCUGAAGAAACUGAACAGAAAAUGGGCUAAGCUUAUAAAGAAAACACAGUUUGAGAUGAGAUUGCUGGGAAUGCAAGAGGAAGAGGUGAAGCUGGCAGCUGGCAGUAAUGGAAAAAUGGAUUCUCCCACAACAGCAGAACCAGAUGACCCUGCAGUGGACAGCUCAGAGGAGGUUCUUAAGAGCCCUCGUUCUUCCAGUUCUGUGGUUCAAAAGUCUAUGAAUACACUUGAUGCCGGUUCACUAUCACCGGACGAGUCUUUAUCAGAAGAAGAGGUUAAGCUAAAUUUCGAAGAUGCUCACAAGGAGCUUGAAGCGUCUAUUUUAAAAGCUAUGCAAAUCCUUGGCCAAAAGGCCAGGUCUGAGGGACCAGUUUCGAGACAUGAGGUGAGGCAAACCGUUACUGAUUACCACACAGGUAGUGUGUUUUUAUUAUUAUUCUAUAAUCUUAGGCUAUACCCCCCCGCCUCCCCCUUCUUUCAGGAAGCUUUUAGCAUCUUGGAUACCAACAUCCUCCGCAAGUUUUUGAGAGCAGCAGAACAAUUGAAAGACAUUUUGCCCGCUUGUGAAAAGGCGGCGGUGGAGGAAAAGAGCAAAGACGUUCGCGAGAGAUGGGAGGCAGUUCGCUGUGAAAUCGUAUCCUAUGUUGAAUUAAAAAUGGAAAUCGAACGAGGGAAGCUGAAUAAUGCUUUUUCAAAACUCAAUAAGCAAAUAAAUAAAGAAAAGAAGCUGCUCAAAGCGGGAAAGACGAAGGGGCUCAUUGCAGAACAUGAGGCGAUAUUUUCUCAGCAAGGUGUCCUGGGCGAGCUUCACACUUCCUUGCAAGCCCUGAAAACCAUGAGCAAGAACAUGACGGAGGAAGAAAAGCAGGCUGAGAAGAAGACACCGGUCGUAGAAUAUGAGCGGAAGAAGGAAGAGCUUCAGCGGCAUGCGUCGGCUGUUCACAGUGAGCUGUUGUCUAUGGCAGCCGAUAGCCAUUCACCCAAGAGAGGAGAGUUUGCCCUUGCUUCUGCCAAUGGAGAGAAGACAUCAUUUCUUAAUCCUGGCAAUGGGUUUUCAACUGAAAGGGGUCCAGGAGACAUGGAACUAGAAAAGAAACUUCAGAGUGCAGAGAAGUUUGGAAAACAUGGAGACUUGUCUCUGAAGGAAUUACAAAAGAGCUACAAUGCAGAAAGACAUAAUCUGAAGCUUUGCUUGAACACCAUCAGAGAAAAAACAGCAUCUGCUUUUCCUGGUGGCGUGAAAGAUAUUUUCAGCCUUCAGAAUAAGCUGCAAGAGCUGGAGGCCUUGGAGAGCGAAGGCAAUUCUUCUUGGAAACAGUUUGAAAGGGUGGUUUUGCUGCUAGGCAAGUUUUCGGUCACAGCAGAUGAGUCUCAGGAAGAGCUGCUUAGAGAGUGGAACAGAGCCUGGAAUGCUCUGAAGGAGAGGAUUCACUCUUUAAGGGCUGUUUUGGCCCUUCUAGCACCCAUUGAAAGCGAAUGGGUUCAGCUGUGCAACGCGGACGAAGAGCUCCGACAGAGAGACAUUCCCCAGAGCAUGCUAAAUAAUACUAGCCUUCCCUUCAAGAAAGUGAAGAAAAUGCAGGCAUCUAUAGCAAAUUGUACCAAACAGUGUGGCUUGCUAGAACGAGGCAGGCAUCAAAGAACAGAGGUUGAUCCAAAAGACUGGGAAGAAGCAAGCGCAGUCGCUGGUCAAUACAAAGUGCGAUUGGGAGAGCUGGGUUGCAAGAUGCAGGUCAUUGAGACAAUCCUGCACGACAUGGAAACUUUUCUGUCUUUGCUGAUGCAUGUGAAACAGUCUUUGGGUGCCUCUGUGCCUCUCAGCCUCGCCCCAGGAUCACCCGGGGAAGCUAUGCUGCAGGAGGUUUCUCUUAUAAAAAGCGAGGCCAGAUCUCUCGAUGAGAGGUUGAAGCAAGUCCUCGUUUACACCGACGAUGACGAAAGCGUGAAAAAGUUGUGUUGCGAAGACCUCGUCGCUGCAUUACCUGUAAACGAAAACCCUGCGGUUGGGUGCAUGGAGGAACAAGACAUCAGCCAGAACAGGGAGGCUCAGAAAGAAUUUACAUCGAAGAAUAGUGAUCUCUUUAAAAACAUCCAAGACGUGCAUGUUAAGAUCAGCAGAAUAGGCCUGAGGGAGCCAACGAUCCCUGCUGUUCAGCAAAGGUUGAAGUCGAUCAGCGAACUGAGGCAGAAGCUGGACCGCCUUGCUGCAGAGAUGAGGUCCUUGAAUGAAGUCGCCAGCCAGCUUUCACGGUCCGCCAAUGGCCAGGGGGAAGAAGUCAAGCGGCAGUGGAAACUCACAGAGGGCUUGUGGAAGAAGACAAAGCUUGCCAUUGCCGAAAAGCAGGAACACUGUGCAAGAGUGAUGGAGCUCUUGAAGCAAUAUCACAGCUGCAAAAACUGUCUGACAGGCAUUAUUCAGAGGCAAGAACAUACCUUGUCUCAGCAAGUGUCUUACAUGGGGAAAGAGAACUUGCAGAGGAUAAUUGCCAUGGUCAACGUGGUAAAGCAAGAAUUCAACAACCAUUCCGAAGACAUUGACAGAAUAAACCAGAUCGGCAAAAGCCUUCAGUCCCAGCUGAACAAAAUGAAAAGCUUGGAGGACCCUCCCUUCGAGAAUGAGGCUAACGCAAUUGUGGACAGAUGGCUGGAUGUCAAUGAAUGGACUGAAAACUACUGCAAAAAUCUGGAAAGAGCUCUGGCUUUGUGGGACAAGCUCCUUAAUUUAUCCAGUUCGAUCGAGGAGUGGUUAAACGCGGAGCUGAAGAACUUGGACGGUGGCUGCCUGACUGAAAAGGAGCUGGCAGAGCUGGAGGCUGGCUUGAAGUCCCAACGAAAGAAUCUAGAGGAGUUUGAUGCAAAGGUGGAUGAAAUUCAGGAUCUCCUCAAUGGCUACGAGACCCCACUUGAAUUGCAGGUCAUCAAAUCAUCUCUUUUGAACAAAAUGGAGCUAAUAAUAAAGCACUUACCGAACCAGUCAAUACGCACUGAACUCAAUGGCAACACAGCUGAGCUGAAAGAAGAUCUUGACCUGGCCAAGACGCAGAUUGGAAUGACGGAAUCGCUUCUCAGAUCAUUGUCUCCUUCUAACACCUUGGGGAUUUUUGCUAAAUUGGAGGAGAUACACCAGAAGAUUCUUCAGCAAAAACACCAUGUGAAGUUACUUGAAAAAGAGACAAGUUGUUUGAACCCCGAGGUGGUUGAAUUAAACAAACAACUCAAAAGUGUCACUGAUCUAUUUGAUUCCAAGAUGCAAAUGUUCCAGGAUCACUUUAUGACUCUCCUGAACUACCAUUGUCAGGAUUUCUGUGACUGGUUCAGUAGUACCCGGCUAAAUCUGAAGGAAUGUUUUGAUCCGUCAGAAACAAAAGAGAUAUUGGAAGAGAAAAUUCAGCGGCUGGCGACUUUCCUAACCUUUGAAGGCAAAGGCAGUGCUUUCCAGGAGGUGAAAACACUCCUGAGCCAGGUGGAGAGCUAUUUCCCCGAAGUGGACAUCAGCCACAUGAGCAGAUGGGUGAAGGGCCAAGAAGCAGAAUUACAAAGCGUGAUCAGCAGGUGUCAGGGGAGAGAGAAGGAGCUCCACGUCACUUUGCAGCAGUUUGCUAGACUUGAAUAUCUGUUCCGUAGCUUAGAGGAAUGGCUAAGCCUUCAGGAAAAGAAAUGGCAAGAGAAUCAAGAAGGGAAGCCAAGGCUGGAGCAUUUUUAUCAAAUUCUUCUAAAACAGAGAGAGUCAUUUGAUUCUCUUGCUUGGCUGGCAAGUUCUUUGAGGGACUCUGGUUUAUCUAAGGAGGAAGUCGUGCUGGUAACCCCUCAGCUUGUCGACAGGUACAAGACGCUGCUCACCUGUGUCUGUAAAAGCCUUGACGUCUCCCAGGUACUUUCUGCAGAGGAAAAUAAUUUUGAAGAACUUGGCCAGAAUAUGAUCCGCUGGGUGCAAAGGCUGAAAGACACAGUCUUAGGCCUAAGCUCUAAGGAAUCCAAGGCAGCGCCUGAAGAAAGCCUGGAGAAAAUAAAGGAGAUUUUACAGCUGAAAGAUGAGGGUGAUGCAAAACUACAAAAUAUUGUGUGCUUCGGGGAACACGUGAAGAGCAACAAUGGGAGCAAGAAUCUCGCUGUUGAGCGUAUGAUUUCUGAUGUCCGAAACCAGUGGGAGAGCACCAUUCAAAUGGCCAGAGGAUAUCUAAGAGAAGCUGAGUGCAUGAAAGACAAGAAGGCUGAACCACAGACUAAACGGAAGAAGAAAGCGAAACUUGGCCGUGUGGAAGAACGAGAGGCCGGGAACGUCCAGAGUACUGUGCUCAGACAUGACGUGCAGAUCCAAGAGAAGGUAGAUGCAGAGGAACUGCUGAUCUCAUUUGAUGCUCCCAAUAUCAGCCUGAUGGAAGUGCUUGGUGGAAGCCAGAAAGGAGGAUCAGUAAGUGUUAUGGGAGUGGAAUCCUUUAGAGCUAUCAGUCAAACGGAAGGAGGAGCUCCACAGCUUUUCCAGGAAUGGCUGACAAAUUAUGAGCAAUUGUCAAGUCCUGUGUCAGCUGACACUGGAGAGGAACCAGCUUUGGUUGUUAAGGGGCUAAAAGGCAGCUUGAUAGAAGCCCACAAUUUCCCAAGCUUGACAGGCAAGAGUGGAAAGCCGCUGCCAAAAUCGGAGCAAAUGCCUCCUGAUGAUAAUCUUCUCAACGAGGUUCAGCAGCAAUCGCUUGGUUAUCAAAAGAAAUUGCAAGCUGCGCAUUGCCGGUUGGAAGUGCCUCCAAUCACUUUGCCGUUAAUGAAUGGGAAAGUAAUGGGGACUGACCCUGCUCCUUCGUCCAUUACAAAUCCAUCACCAGAAAGCAAGGGCUCUGAGAUGGAAAUGGUUUCGCAGGGGGGUCAUCUUCUCGAAGACCAGGCAACUGCAGAUUAUGCAGAGAUGGUGCAAAAGGUCAAGAAAGCGAAAAUCUCGGCUGCAGAGUUAGACAUUGUGUUGAUGAAUGGUCAACUGAGGGAAAUAGAGAAUUUGUGCACUCUACUGGAAAGGCAAACUUCUUCGUUGUGGGAAGGAGAAUGCUUGACCACUGCAGAAGGAAGCGGCUCAGGUGUGCCAGAUUCAGACAGCGUGGCGGCUUCUAGUUGGGACAGCCUACUGCAGGAUAUAAUGUCUGCUAAAAAGGCCAAGCAGGCACAGCUUCAUUUACUGAAUAAUUACCAAGCAUGUCUCGCCGCUGUCCAGUCUUCAAUGAAACAUUUUUCAGAGGAAAAAGAAAACCUGAAAACGGUACCCUCGUCGGAAGACACAGUUCUCCUGCAGAAUAUCCAGAAAUGCUUGGAUUCUAUACAAAAAGGGAGAAUCCUUUUGGAAAAGCUGAAGGCUGAACAAGGAAACCUAUCUAGACACCUGACCAGGAUGGACAAGGAGUUAAUCCAAAGCCAGGUGGCUCAGAUAGAACAGUGGUGGAAACAAAUGGAAGACACACUUAAAAGGAAGCAGAUCCGGGUUGCAGCACAAGCCAAUGAAUUUAAGGUUUUCAUGGAUAAAGCGCAGGAGCUCCAAAAGUUGCUGCAGCAGCAGCACUGUUUGCAAACAGGUGUGGACGCCCACAACCAAGCACACUCGGUGUUGAUGGCCACAGAAUUACAAACGCUUAAAAAUAGUGUUUCUGUGUUAAAAAGUGAUGCAGAGAUGCAGAUGAAGAGGAUGUGGACCGACACAGGGAAGAGAGCUCUGGAAAGCGCAAUAAAUGAUUUGCAGACUCGAGUGGAGGAACUAGAGCAGCUGACCCCUAUGGAAAAUGCCCAACGAAGUGGCCGUUAUCCUCAGGCGUAUGACAUCACAAAGAAGAUUGAAGAGGCUGUUUUGUGGGCCAGAGUCUCGUUGCCCCACCUGGACGGGAAGGCAGCACUUUUCCCGGACGAUCUGAUGUUGGAAAUCGAAAGCUGCAAGGUUCUGAUUGGUGCCGCCGAGGAGAAAAAGGCAGGUGUUGUUCAACUGGUUGACGAGGCGCAGCGCAUUGCUCCCCAGUUGGAAUCGGGCGAAGCUUCUGCCCUUGCCCUCCUUUUGGACCAGUUGCAAACCUGCUACAAAGACCUUGUUCCGACAUUAGUUGAGCGGCUGGAGCGGCUGGAAUCUCAGCUCGGAAAGAGACGGCAGCUUUUUGCAGACACCGAAAAAUGGCAAGCGAAACUUAAAGAAGCAGAGAGAAUAUCCAGGCCAGGUGCCGGUGACACAAGCCUGAAGUCAGAAAUGGACCAUUGGCACGCCGUGGUAGAAAGGUCUGCGAAGGAGAUCGAGGAAGCAAAAGGUAUUGUAGAUGCGUCCCCUCGGGGGCUAAAUGUUUUUGAGCAGUUGUUUCUCAAUGACUGCUUGAGAAGCCUCCAGAGCAGAACUGAAAGAGCUCACAGGCUAAACCAGAUUAAUCGCCAUACAGCAGGAAACAAGGUGGAUGCCUAUGAAAAAGUCACAAGGAAGCUGAUGUCAUUGGAGCAGGAUCUUCGCAGCCUCCAGCGUGAGGAAUUGGAACUGGACAAGGCAGGUGUGGACCAAGACAUUAAGGGUAAAUUGUUUGUCCUUAAAGAGAGAGCAGUAGCCAUCCAGUCAAGUUUGUCGCACUUAGAAAAGUACAAGGAGAUUUGGGAAUGCCUGCAUCUGAAAUGGGAUGUACCAGACCUUGAGAAAUUGCAAGGCGAGUGUUGCAAGCUGAAACGUAAGCUUGAGCAGAGGGUUAACUGUUCUGCAGAGGGCGAUGGGUGCAGUACAGCACUCGCAGAAGUUGAGGCUCUCGUCUCCAUUAUACAGAAACACUGUGAUGUUUUAAAAGACGGCUCCGACUCUAUUGCCUCUGAAACCAGUCCGAUGUCAGAAAAGACUUUAAGUUGGAAAGUGCAGCAUGCCAGGCACUUAAUUCAGGAGGCACUCAGGCUGUUAGGCAAAAGCGAGGCCUUUGGUCCUUCUCUCAAGGAGGCCAAGAUGCAGCAAAUAAAGAGCUUGGGCGUGAAAAUAGAUGGACUGGCACAAGUGAUCCAAUCUAAGAUAACGGCUGUUCGAGAGAAAUGCGGACACGAGCAAGGUUUCCAGAGCAAGCUGGGUCACAGUUUAGCAGCUUUAAAGCAAAUUAAAUCCGAGCUCCAGGAGCCCAUUCUACUUGACUUGGAAACACAGACGAUCCGAUGUGAAAAUAUGUACUGUAAAGUGAUUGAAGAUGCUGUAGAAGUAGAAUCUCGCGCUGCUGAAGAUUUAAUUAAUAGAAAGAGGGGGGCUCAGGAAGGACAAUCUUCCCUCCCUGAUAGUUUGCAGAGGGAACUGGAUGAACUGCAGAGCCUGAAAGUACAGCUGAAAUCUGACAUUGCCGCACGUAAAAGUGGCUUAAAUGAAGCCUUGGGGACUGUGAAGUCUUACAAAGAAGCCGUCCGAAUGGCUGCCGACCUCCUCAGCCAGCGUGAAGCCCUUCUCUCCGCUCCUCUGCUCACUCUGGAUGAGCUAGAAGAGCCCAGCCUCCUCUCUCGCCAGAGACAAGAAGAAUUUGAGUCUGCGAUGUCUCAAGUAGAAGCGCUGACCUCCACGAUGGAAAGCAUAAUCGAACCACGGGCCAAACUGCAACUGGAAAAAACCCUCGGCGACCUCGUUUCUAAGAGUCUGAUAGCAAGAGAGCAGGAGCGAAAGAGAAAAUCGGAUGUGCAGAGAUGCUUGGAAAAAUACAGCCGCUUCAAAAAAUCCAAAGAGGUGAUACAUGUUAAUCUCGACGAUGCGGAAAGGGUGCUUCAGAAAUCUUUGUACCAUAUUCCAGUGUCUUAUAAAGAAGCUUUAGAGCAGUCAGAACAAAGCAAGAUGAUGUCCUCCAGACUGGUUUCAAUCGAAGAGGAUCUAAGGAAGUUGCGUCAGGAAUCGGGACAACUGGUUUUGAUGUGCAGCGAAAAUGAUUGUGUGCUGAUCGACACCGUUGUGUCGGCUUUGUGGCUAAAGUGGCUUUGUUUGCUUGACGCUGCAAAAGAAUGGGAGGGAAAAUGUGAAGAACAGAACCAGGAAUGGAAAUCCGUCAUUGAAGAAAUGGAACGAGAAAGCAUCAUUCUAGACAAUCUUCAGGAAGAACUGCCCGAAAACACGAAAGAAAUGGAGAGGGCCACCAAAGAGGAGCUGGAAGAAUUCCUGGAAUGUACAAACAUUUAUGGAGAAAGUGUGAAUGCUGAGAAACUGUUGUUGCGCUUAAUACUUCAACGUGUCAGGAGCAUUCUCAGGGUCCCCGAAUGUCCGUCUGCGGAGGGAGGAGGAGGCCUUCCUGUUAUGAAUGAAAUCCAUACCAUGCAGAAUCGAACGAAAGAGCUCUUCCAAAAGGCUCAAAAGCAAAAGGAUGCUGUGCAGUCUGAAAUUGAAGAGCGGGACAAGGUGAACGAGGAGAUCAGCGCUUUGAAGGCUUCGUUACGUGACACUGAAUCUUUGCUCCACGAAACAGACUUAGAACCGCUUAAUGAAAAGACAGCGAAACUUGAGGAAAUCCAGAGAGCCAUUGACAGUCAGAAGCAAAUUCUCCAGGAGAUAAUGGAUAAGUUACGUAUCAAAUACACUGAAAUGUAUACGAUAGUUCCCGUUGAGAUUGAAACUCAUUUGGAAGACUGCAAGCAAACUUUGCAAGAGCUAGAAGAAAAGGUCACCACUGAAUCCCUGAAGCUUUCCCCACACUACACGGCAGAUAAAAAAAUACAAGACAUCAGCAAAGGCCUGCAAGCGGUUGAAAACAUGCUGCAGCAGAAAAGCAACAGCACUGCAAGAGCAAAAGAAAUCCAGAAGAGAAUCUGGGACAUGCUGGACCUUUGGCAUUACAAAAUGAACGAACUGGAUUCCGAGAUUCAAGACCUCGUGGAGCAAGAUCCUGGCCAGCAGGGUCAAGAGCUGAUGGAUCGGUGGAUGAUUCCGCUGCAACGAUACCAGCAAGUCUCUCAGCGGGCCGAGCGCAGAACUGCAGACUUGAACAGGGCUACCAGCAAGAUGGAAGAAUGUGAAGAACUCCUGAAGAGCACCCAGGUUUGGCUUGAAAACACUAACCGUCUGCUCACAGAGGAAGCUAAAAGUGACUCUGCAAAAGCUUUGAACAAGCAUGCUGAUGCACUCCAAAUGGCAUUCGAAGAUUCGGAACAAAAGCAAAGCAUUCUCAGUGCAAUUUAUCCGGAGUUGGAGGAGUUCUCCUCUUUAAUUGAAACUGGCGGCACAGUGCAGAUGCUGAACAAAGUAAAUGAGCAAGUUAAAGCCUUGCAACAGAAGAUAUUGGAGAUUCUUCCCCAUAUCCAGCACUUGGCCGAUGAGGUGGAAGCUAUUGAAUCUGAAGUGAAAAAAAUGGAGAAGGAUGUGGACAAAAUUAAGACUAUCUUGUCCCCUUCAGAAGACACACUCGAUCUUUCUCCUAAGGAGCGUCUUAAACAUGGCCAGGUUAUAAUGGCCCAUAUCAGCCCCAUGCAGAAGGCAGUUGCUGAAAUCCAGUCUUAUAAAGAGAGUCUGAGGUUACCAGGCUUGAGGAUGCAACCCCUCUCUGUGUUCCAAAGAACAAAGCAACUUUUGAAAGAGCUGAAGACCUUAGAAAGUAUUACCAAGGAACAAAACGCAGUGCUCGAGCCCAUUGUGAAAGAGCUGGAAGAGAGCGAGCAAGAAAUAGACUCCCUGAAGCAGUUCCAGUUCAUGAGGGGUGGCUUGGAGGAAUUGGCUACAGAAAUCCCAUGGCCUGCUCAGGCUGCCUCCUACCCAGAGGGUGAGGAGAUGGAAGACAUAAAGCAACGGAUCACCCUCCUUUGCCAGAGGAAGGAGGACAUUCUCACGAGGAUGAAGAAUUCCUUGGCAGAGCUAUACCAGAGGCCAGAGCAGCCUGAGCUAGAGGACAUUUUGGAAUCCCCGGAGCCGGAGGAACCUGGAGCUGAUGCUGACUGGCAGGCUGUGGGUGCUGAGGAGCCUGACCAGCAGUUAAUUUCUUUGUCUCUGCAAAGAGCAGGAAGUGGUGAGGCUCUUGGCAGUCAAAGCGGGGGCAAAGCUUCCUUCAGUCGAGUCACAAACACUGCCGAAUGCUUAUUGGGAGAUUCAGAGGAGCCUGUGGGUGCCGGUAGGCCUGACUCAGAGCUUGCCCGGCUCCUCCAUGUGUGGCAGGCACAAAUUGCUGAGCUGGAACGGUGGCUAGACCAAACGAAAGAGUCCCUGGGAUCAGGAGGCCAGACCCGCCAAAUGCAACAGACAGUGGAGCAGCGUCUAGUUGCAUGCCAGGCUAUCUUAUCAGAGAUUGAACAGAAAGUGGCACACCUAUUGGAGGACUGCAAAGACAGACACACCGGUGAGGGCCCUGGCCUCCAACAGGAGGCAGAGAGCCUGUCUUCGAAGCUGAGAGAUGUGAAGUGCAACUUGGAAAGAGUGCAGGGCAUGCUCCAAGGGAAGAGCACAGAAGAGCAGAUCAGCCCUGAGGAAAACACCUCUGAGGAGCUCACUCAGCCUUUUUAUUUUGACCUCUCUGACACAUUCCCGCUUCUUACCUUGGACCAGCCUCUCGUCAGUAGGCAGAAUGGUUUAGAGCAGCAGCAGGAGCUGCUGCUGCAGCUAUCAGAACAAAACAAUCUUGUUGACUUCAUUGAUGUGUACAUGGAGAAGAUGCAGCCGCAAUCUGCAGAUGGCAAAACUCUGGAAUUGCAAGCAAGUCUGACGUGCCGAUCUAGUCACGAGGCACCCAGCUCAGGAAGUGAGCUCCUUGGUCUGAUUCCGACGGACCAAGCAGGUGACAAGUGGCAACAUUUGCAGGAGGAGCUGCUCUUCAAGGUGAACCCUCCUCACUGUCAGUUCCCUGAAUCUCAGAUCUCUACCAAAAUAAAUAUUCUACCCAAGGGUGCCACAGCGAGUGUGAGAACUCCAACCGUCGAGGAGCUGAAAACAUACACGGCACAGCUUGGCAAUCUGAGCCAAGAAGCGUCUGUUCAGACACAGGAAAAUAUGACGGGGGAAGUUUCCUUAAGCUUGGACCAGAAGCUCCUUGAGCUGCUUUUGGCAAUCAGCCGCUGCCUGAACGACAUGGAGCAGAUGUUAAACACGUGUGAACUCACCAGUGAAGAAGCUCCUGUGCAACAGAUGCUUUAUGAGACUCUCUCCGCAGAGCUGCAAAAGCUUCAUGCGGAUAUUGGUGAGAAAAAGGAUGACCUUCUGAAGUCCAUUGCCUCUGCUGGUGGUAACGCUGAUAGAUUCUCCGAGUGUUUUAGCAACUUGCAGUCGUGGCUGCAGUCGACCCAAGCAGCUGCCUCUUCGAGGAGCAAGUCCAUAAAAGCUGAGCUGGACCAGUACAGUCAAUAUCAGAAUGAAAUCAGACGAUUGUAUGGUAGGUUGAUUAUGAAACAAACCUUACUGCAAGAGUCCUUCGGUGCAACGAGUGAACACGGUAUCUCUGAUCAGCUCCAGAGGCUGGACGCCCAUGAGUUGGAAAUGCAAAACUUUGAGAUGCAGACUGCUAAACUAAGAGGUCACGUCCCUGUUGCCCUAAUCCAUGACGUGCAUAAACUAGAGGAUGUGUUAGAUGACCUUUGGGAGAUCCUGCAAGACAAACAGAAGGAGCUGACCUCUCCACUUAUUAGCGAACAACAAUAUGAAGCUUUGCUGCAGGGAUUAGCUGAGCUUGCAGAUCUUGGGCGAGAGAAAGUUGCUCAAGAGAUCAAGCUAAAAGCUACCAGUCGAACUAAUUUACAGUUUCAUCUACAAAACCACAAGAGCUUUUUCUGCAACAAGGCCCACAGGCAGCUGGUGCAGAUGUGUUCCGAAAAGGUGGCACCUUCAGCGUUACAAAAGAGAGGGAAAUCCUGGAGUCAGCUGGUAGAGGAAGACAAAUGUUUGGAACAGCAAGCAGUCCAGCACGGAGCCUAUUUGGAAAGACUGUUACAGGACUGGAUAGCAUUUGAUGACGGCUAUGGGUCUUUCUGCCAAAAACUUGAGGCGUGGUCCUCCGCUGUGCCUUCUGUGGGUUUGGUGGAAGAGACAGAAGAAAGGCUGAUGGAAAGGACUCAGCUUCUUCAGCAAAUCAAAAUGAAAAUGGAAGGAGAGCAGCCCGGGUAUUGCCAGGUAGUGAAGGAAGGGAAGAACCUGAUGGGGCUCGUGAGCUGUCCUGAAUUGCAGGUCCAGAUUGAGAAGCUGGAGGACCAGUGGACCUCUCUUUCCAAAAGAGUUGCCCAUGAGCUACAGAGACUUGAGACUUUGCUCAAACUCUUGUCCAGCUACAACAGGGAUUCAAAGGAGCUGGAAAUCUGGCUGGGGUCUGCUCAGCAGCGCAUUCGUGACUGGAAGGAGCAGUCGCUCAAUGCCUCCCAGGACUUGAACACUGUCAGAAACAAUAUACGCGACUUUAUUGCAUUUUCUACAGAGGUUGAUGACAAAUCUUCCUUGAAGUCAUCAGUCAUAAGCACUGGCAAUCAGCUCUUGCUUCUUAAGCAAUCCGAUGCAGCAGUGCUGCGGUCAGCUUUGACGACGUAUGACCAGAGAUGGGCUGACCUGAUCGCUCAAUUGCCAAGCAUCCAGGAGAAGUUUCUCCAGCUUCAGCUGGCAAAGCUGCCGUCUCAUGAGGCGAUCGCAGAAUUAAUGGACCGGAUGAACCAGAUUGAGCAAGAAAGAAGAGUUGAAACUCCUGUGAAUGCUCAGAGUCCCACAUGCCAAGUGAAAGGCCUUCUUAAGAAGUACAAGGAAUACGAGAUGGAAAUGAACUUCAAACAGGGGGUAGUAGAUUAUGUUAACCAGUCACUGCUGCAGAUGACAACAUGCGAUGUCAAGAACAAGCGUUACGAGAGGACGGUGUUCGCAGAGCGUCUCGGUGAAAUGAAUCUUCAGUGGCACCGGUUGAGAGGCUCUCUGAGCGGAAAGAUAAAGGAGCUGGAGCACAUUUUGGAAUCAGCUGAUGAAAAGGAGAGCAGAGCCCAGUCCCUGGGCAGCUGGCUGGAAGCACAAAGCAGAAGGCUCAAGCAAGCAGGGAAGCCAGCAAGUUCCAUUCUUGCCCAGGACACGGCACAAGACUGCAAGGCACUGGCAAACCAGCUUGCAGUUAAAUCUAAGGAGCUGGAUGAGCUGAAGCAGAGUUACCCAGUUUUAGGAGGUGGUGCUGAGGAUCCUGUGGGGGCAAUGCCGAGAACCAGCAAUUUAGAUGAAAUGAGGACCAGAGUUGCCAGCCAGGUUGCACUGCUGAAGACCUCAACAGAGUCUGCUUUAGAGCAGUGGCAGAUUUAUGAUCAAGCUUGGGAUGAAGUCAGACUGAUGCUUGCAAGAAUUUUGUAUUGCCUGGAGCUUAGCAAGACUCCCGUGGUUACAUUCGAGACACUAAAAACCCAGGUGGAAAAUCUCCAGUCUCUUCAAGAUAAAGCAGAGAGUAAUGAAGAAAUCUGGGCUAAACUCCAAGCGGCUGCUUGUAACCUGAAGAAGCUGUGUGAUCCCUCAUUUUCUGAGAUUAUUGAGCAGAAAUGCAAAGAGGCACGCAGAAGAUGGACACUGAUGAACAAAGAAAUUGAAGAUCACCUACACAGAGCACAAGCAUCUUUACAACCCUGGGAAUCUUACAUUGAUCUACAUGCUGAAGUCAUGGCCAAGGUGGACAAGUAUGAAGAGCAAUACGGUUCCCUUUUGGCAGACGUGGCUGCAGGUCAUACGAUGGGCUUCCUUAUGCAGAAGGUCGAGGAUGUGAAGAUGCUGAAACUGGACCUUCAGAACAUCAAAGAAAGUUUUCUUCCCGUUUCUGAGCUGGCAGAUAAAAUAGCUCAGCUGGCUGAGCCCACAGAACCACUUCUUCCAGAAAAACUCCAGCCACUUCAAAGGAUCUCCUAUUUGGAGAAGAUGUUGCAGUUGAAAGAAAAUGAGUUUGAGUUUGACCUUUUACAGCUGAAGCGUUUUGAGACUUGCUUGGAAAACCUGGAAAAUCAUGUUAAAGGGUCCACGGAAGUAUUGGAAAAUCUGAAUCAAGGCACUGAAGACUCAGAUCUACUCAUGAGCCAGAUGUUGGUCCUCACAGCUUUAUCACCUGAGAUGGAGAGUCUGAAUGAAUUCAGCUUUAGGUUUCCGCUCAGUGACUUCACAGCAAAAAGACUGCAGGACCUGAACUGGCAAUGGACUCAAAAGAAAGCUGUGGCUCUGGAGAAAUGCUGUGAACUGCAGGGCAUUCAGUCAGAUGACAAGUUCAUUCAGAGAUGUCAAAAGUGGGUGCUGUUCCAAGAGAAGAUGAAAGAGGUCUUGAGGGAGGAUAUGGCGGGCAGCCUAGAGGGGCUGCGGAAACAGCAGAGGGAGUAUGAGACAUUGCAAGCGGAGAUCUUGGUGAACCAGCAGACUUUUAAUUCUAUCAUGUCCAAGGCUCUGCACGUGCUGGAAUCGGGAGAAGCCGAAAACCGGACCCUGUUUCUCUCCAAACUCACCCUGCUGAAGGAACAGUGGCAAAGCAUCGUCCGGGCAGCUCAGCAGAGAAAGGGCGAGGUUGACAAUCUCGUAAAGCAAUGGCAAAAAUUCACAACUUCACUACAAGACAUCAAGAAGAUCCUCAUGCACACAAGUGGAUUCGUGGCUGCUGUGGAGAGUCAGGAGAAGUAUAGUCUACACCAACUCGGGAAUCUGAGUCACAACGUCAAGAAAAAGGAGGUCCUCCUUCAGAGGUGGCAGACCAAGUACUCCUUAACCUUGGCAGCCGGGGAGAAGUUACUUGACGUGGCAAACCCCGAGGCAAGAAUUGCCCUACAGCUCAACAUGAGGCAUGUGCAAGAGACCUGGAACAAAACCGAGCUUCAGCUGGAGAAUAUCAGAAAGCAGCUUCAGCGCACUCUGCAGACGUGGGAGAGCUGCAAAAGCCAAGCUGAAAACUUGGGCAACAGGUUGCAGGAGCUGAAGGCAAGAAUAAAAGACCCUCUUCCAGCCCAGCAUGAUGAGCUUCAGGCCGCCAAGGAACACGUCAAGGAGCUGGAGAAGUCGCUGGCCAACUGGAACCAAAACGCAAACAAACUUGGCAGCAUGAAGGGCCUGGCUCACUACAUCCUUGCGGAAGAUGUGAUGGUGCUGAAAGAGCAAGUAGAGCAUUUGCACAGACAGUGGGAAGAGCUCUGCCUAAGAGUUUCUUUGCGCAAGCAAGAGAUUGAGGACCGGCUCAAUGCCUGGAUUGUGUUCAACGAGAAGAAUAAAGAGCUCUGCGCUUGGCUGGUGCAGAUGGAAAGCAAGGUGCUCCAGUCAGCCGAUGUCAGCAUUGAAGAUAUGAUAGACAAGUUGGAGAAGGACUGCAUGGAGGAAAUCAGCCUGUUUAGUGAAAACAAUCUAGUUCAUCUGAAGCAAAUGGGUGAGCAGCUGAUCAAGGCCAGCAACGAGAGCAAAGCCGCUGAAAUAGACGAGAAACUCAACAAGAUUAAUGAUCGCUGGAAGCAUCUCUUUGAUGUGAUUGGAGGACGGGUGAAGAAGCUGAAGGAGACCUUUUCUUUCAUACAGCUGCUCAACAAAAACAUGAGUAAUCUUCGCACCUGGCUGGCACGCAUUGAAUCUGAGCUUUCGAAGCCUGUUGUCUAUGACACCUGCGAUGAUCAGGAGAUAAAGAAGAGACUUGCAGAGCAGCAGGAUCUGCAGCGGGACAUUGAUCAGCACUGCCCUGAUGUCGAUUCUGUCUUCUGCAUCUGCGAGGUCUUGCUGAAUGAUUCCGAUGCCUGUGCCAACCAGACCGAAUGUGACUCCAUCCAGCAGACCACAAGAAGUUUGGACCGCCGGUGGAGAAACAUCUGUGCCAUGUCUAUGGAGAGGCGGAUGAAGAUUGAAGAAACGUGGCAACUCUGGCAAAAGUUCCUGGAGGACUACUCUCGCUUUGAGGACUGGCUGAAGACAGCCGAGAGGACAGCGGCAUAUCCAAACUCUUCUGAGGUUUCAUACACAAAUGCCAAGGAGGACUUGAAGAAAUUUGAGGCAUUUCAGCGACAAAUCCACGAGCGAUUGACCCAGCUGGAGCUGAUCAAUAAACAGUACCGGCGGUUGGCCCGGGAGAAUCGCACCGAUUCAGCCAGCAAGCUGAAGCAGAUGGUCCACAAGGGCAACCAAGACUGGGAUAACCUCCAGAAACGCGUCACGGCAAUUCUCAGGAGACUCAAGCACUUUACCAAUCAAUGGGAGGAGUUUGUGGGGACCAAGGACAGCAUCCUGGUGUGGCUGACCGAAAUGGACCUGCAGCUGACCAACGUGGAACACUUCUCAGAGAGCAACUUGGAUGAGAAAAUGCGGCAGCUAAAUUGUUUCCAGCAGGAAAUAUUGCUAAACACCGACAAGAUCAAUGAGCUUACUAUGUCCGGGAAGCACCUGAUUCAGAAAAGCGAGCCUUCGGAUGCUGUUGUGAUUGAAGAGGAGCUGCAAGAAGUCCACAGAUACUACCAGGACGUGUUUGGCCGUGUCUCCCGAUUCCAGCAUAGACUGGCAUCCUGGCCCCCGGGACUGGAAGAUGAAAAGGAGACCUCUGAAAACGAGGCUGACAUGGAAGAUGCAAGGGGGAUGCAGAGUGACCCCUGGUGCCGAAAGGGCAUGCAGGAAGUGCUGCCGCCCCAGCAGUCCCUCUGCCACCUCGUGCCCCCUGCAGUGGGUCACGAGAGGUCGGGCUGCGAGACUCCCGUCAGCGUGGACUCCAUCCCGUUGGAGUGGGAUCACACGGGGGACGUCGGAGACUCCGGUCCCCAAGACGAGGAAGAAGAACAGUAUUACAGUGAUCUGUCAGAUGUAGAAAUCCCUGAAAAUGCCGAGGCCUUUCUUAAAAUGACCACAAAAUCAUUGAAAGCAGCUUCUGAAAAAUCUGCUUCUGAGACUCACACGUGGCACUCUCCGGAAAGCCCGGUUUGCCGUAAACAUCCAUACAACCAGGGAGAGAUGGUUCCUAGUGUCCUGUUGACCAGCCCAGAGACAAGCACUCCCUACAAACCAGGCUAUGUGAAGCAACGGAGCAGCAGGAGUCUGGACAACAUGCAGGAGAUCUCUGGGAUGUUGCCUAGCGAGGAACCCCAAUCUAGCCAGAGCCUUGGUGGCAUUGCAGCCAUAGAAAAACAACCAGGAGGCCUCGAGAGAUGGGAGCUGAUUCAAGCCCAAGACUUAAGCAACAAGCUGAGAAUGAAGCAGAAUCGGCAGCAGCGGGAGCAGCUGAAUUCUGACCUCACAAAUAUCAACGCUUGGCUGGAUAAAACAGAGAAGGAGCUUGAAAUGUUGCAGGAGGCAGAACCGCCCACCAGCAUCACGGCCAUCCAUCAAAGAGUCAAGAAGCAGAAAGAUAUGCUCAAAGCCUUUGAUAACUACAAGGCGCUUGUGCUUUCUGCCAACCUGACCAGCAAGGACUUCAGGCAAGGAGACAGCGCUGGAUCCAAAGAGCUCCAGAACAGGCUUCGGCAAGUCAAUAUGCGCUGGGAGGAGGCCACUCAUUUGAUGGGAGAGUGGAGGAAGAGUUUGCAGGAAGCCCUGGUGGGCUGCCAGGAUUUCCAUAAGCAAAACCAUAACCUGCUGCUGUGGUUGGCUGUUGCAGAGGUUCGGAGGCAUCAAGCACAGAUCAAGGAUCUGAAUGCUGAUCCUCACGCAGUUCAGGAGAGCCGAAGAGAAUUAAUGCAACUAGAGAAAGAGCUUCUGGAACGGCAGCCGCAAGUCAACACUCUGCAGGAGAUUUCCACUCACUUGCUCGUCAAAUCUGGUGGAGGAGAUUACGUUGAAGCUCACGAGAAGGUUCACGUUAUUGGGAAGAAACUGAAGCAGCUUCUGGAAAGAGUCUCAAGUGAUUUAAAGGUCUCGCAUGGAAAGCCGGACACAAGUGGAUUUCUGCAGGAUGCGGACCUACUCGACUCUGGAGGCUGUCCUCAGCGACCAGAGAAACCUUGCACAUAUAAAAACAAGCAGGCUGGUGGAAGGAACACCUUGGAGACUGGGAGCGGCGCUGAUAUUAGAGGGGAUGACGAGGAUAGUGCCAGCCCAGCUGCUCCUAAGACCCGCGGCUUCCUGUCCCGUGUGCUGCGAAUGGCGUUCCCUCUUCAGUUGCUCUUCCUUCUCCUCCUGCUUUUGGCCACCCUGCCCCCUUUCUCAGAGGAAGAUUACAGCUGUGCACACCGCAACAACUUUGCCCGGUCUUUCCACCCGAUGCUGCGAUUUGUCAAUGGGCCUCCUCCCUUUUGAAGCGUCCCAAGGGCUUUUUUGCACCUCAACCAAAAUGAACCUCCUCAACAGGCUCUUCUUCUCGUGCUGCUAUUGCCAUUCUGAGGACUUCACACAGUGAAUGCAUCAGAUUUCACAACUGAAGAAGUAGAUCCUCUAGCAAUUUCAAUAUUUGGGGUGGGUUGGAAAGCGGGGGGGGGGCGCAGAGACAGGUGUUAACCCGGUUUUGUACAGGAAAAUACUUUUUUCUAUAUAUUUUUGAACUGUAAGCCGCAUACUGUAUACCUUUGCACAAUGUGUGAUCAAUCGGCUGGUGGCCUCCGUGCCAGAAUGUCCUCUGGAGAUGAAUUUUCAAGGUGGUGUCAUGUUUGCAUUGAAAUAAUGUGAUUUUUAGCUAACGACGAAUGCUGUAGAGAAUAGCUUUUAGUGUGACGGAGAGACCCCAUUUUUCAGCUGGUGCUUUGCAUGCAAAGAAAUCUAUUUCCGUACUUUGAUAUUGUAGUGAAAAGAAAGGUUUCAUUUUAUAUAAAUAUAUAUAAAAUACUUGUUAUACUUUAGUAUUUUAGCAACCCUCUCUCUCCAGUUAA